AUGCGCCUCCCACUCCCCGGGAGCCCCUCGUCUUCCUGGGGUGCCUACGCCGCGCGCCUGAAUGCCCUCUUUAACCAUCCCAACAUGAAGGUCGUCCUAGCCUUCUGGCUCCUCGGCCUCAUCAACAACGUCCUCUACGUCAUCAUCCUCUCCGCCGCGCAGGACCUCGUCGGCAGCGUCCCCAAGGGCGUCGUGCUGCUCGCCGACGUCGUGCCCUCGUUCCUCGCCAAGCUCGUCGCCCCCUACUUCGUCCACCGCGUGCCCUACCGCGCGCGCGUCCCCGUCCUCUGCGCGCUCUCCGUCGGCGGCAUGUGCCUCGUCGCGCUGACGCCGCCCUCGGCCCCCGUCGCCGCCAAGAUGGUCGGCGUCGUGCUCGCCAGCCUCAGCAGCGGCGGCGGCGAGCUCAGCUUCCUCGGCCUCGCCCACUUCUACGGCCCGACCAGCCUCGCCGGCUGGGGGUCCGGCACCGGCGCCGCGGGGCUCGUCGGCGCGGGGCUCUACGUCGCGCUCACGGACUGGUGGGGGGUCAGCGUCCGCGGUAGCUUGCUGGUCGCGGCGGCCCUGCCGGUCGUCAUGCUCGUCAGCUUCUUUGGCGUGCUGCCCCAGGCGCCGCUGCGAAGGAAGGCGGGCGGCGCGCCGGGCUACAGCGCGCCGAUGGAAACGGAUGGUGGUGCCGCGGAGGGGGAGGAGGAGGAGAGCUCAGCGACGGCGGCGCUGUUGGGCCCUAUGCGUGCUCGGGCGGCGGCGGCGCACGGCGCCUCGGAGCUUUCGGCCCUCAAGGCCAACUUGAGACGCGCAAAGUUACUGGUGAUUCCGUACAUGCUCCCGCUCUUCCUCGUGUAUGUCGCCGAGUACACCAUCAACCAAGGUGUUGCCCCCACGCUCCUCUUCCCCCUCGCCGAGUCGCCUUUCACCGAGUUCCGCGAGUUCUACCCGUUCUACGGCUUCCUCUACCAGCUCGGUGUCUUCAUCUCCCGAUCGUCCAUAUCCUUUGUCCGCAUUCAUCACUUGUACCUACCUUCAUUUUUGCAGAUUGGAAAUCUCGCCUUGCUGACGAUGCAUGCCAUGACCUUCUUCAUCCCUUCCGUGUAUAUCGUCUUCAUCAUCAUAUUCUGGGAGGGCUUGCUGGGCGGCGCCGUCUACGUCAACUGUUUUGCCGAGAUUAUGGAGAAUGUGCCGGAGGAGGAGCGUGAGUUUAGUCUGAGUGCCACCACCGUCAGCGAUAGCGGCGGUAUCUGCAUCGCGGCCCUCCUGGGGAUCAUCAUGGAGAUUGGCCUCUGCAACUACCAAGUAGCUCACGGUCGGGAUUGGUGUAAACAGAUCAAGGCUCAACAGAGGUGA